UUGAGCAGAAUGCCAGAACCAGCGAAGUCAGCGCCCAAGAAGGGCUCCAAGAAGGCGGCGUCUAAAGCUACGAAGACCGGUAGAAAGAGGAAAAGAUCCAGGAAGCAGAGCUACGGCAUCUACGUGUACAAGGUGCUGAAGCAGGUCCACCCAGACACCGGCAUCUCCUCCAAGGCCAUGAGCAUCAUGAACUCGUUCGUCAACGACAUCUUCGAGCGGAUCGCCGGUGAGGCCUCCCGCCUGGCUCAUUACAACAAGCGCUCCACCAUCACCUCCAGGGAGAUCCAGACAGCAGUCAGACUGCUGCUUCCCGGUGAGCUGGCCAAGCACGCCGUGUCCGAGGGCACCAAGGCCGUCACCAAGUACACCAGCUCCAAGUAAAGCUUCACUGCUCAACAUAAACACAACGGCUCUUUUAAGAGCCACACACGUCAUCUGCAGAGCUACUGGUCUAUAUUAACUGUGGCGGCUUCAUUUUGACAUACAACUUCGAAAAGUCAGAUUUUGACAUCAACAUACCUGCAAACACUCUGAUCUUCCCACCUCAGUUCUCGUGUGUGGGGUGGGGAGGGGGAUGGUCAUUAAAUAUUGUUUGUACUGGAUGAUAAAAAUAUGACACUAAUGAAGACUGAAAGUGAUACAGCCACAAGGAGAGAGAGAAAAAAUACGUUGACUUUGAAUUUCUGUGUUCUGUUUGUACCCAGCUGACUAUUGAAAGGUGCCAUGAAUUAGCAUUUAUAUGUGGGCUGUAAACUGUCGAUUGUUUAUAAGAAAAUGUUUGUAAUUAGAUAAAUGUUACUGAGCACAAAGGAAAACCGCGAAGUCCAUUACUGCCACUGCAACGAGUUAUGUGUGUUAAUAUCAGCGGUGAGACAAAUAUCGAACAGGUUUCAGGUAGUUUGGCUCCGCCCACUCAGACUGUCUCGACCUGUCUUCUAUUACGUCCGCAGGAGAGACGGAGUUCUGACUUUGUGCCGAUCAGACUCUCAUUGAACUCUGAAUCUGUAUCAGGAUGUCUGGCAAAAGGGAGGUGGUGUUCCUAAAUCCAGCAGUUUUAUUAUUUUAUUCGUCUCAUUCAGAUUUUCACAUUUUGUUGUCUGAAUGUUUUUAGAAUUUUAUUUGCCACAGAUCUAAAUAUUAGCAUUCAGAUUAGCGAAAUAUUAAAUAUGUUUAAUAUGUGGAGCCAAACAGUUCAUCAUCUAGUUUCCACAGACUUUAUUCUACUGGAGCGAAAAGUGAGCUUUGAAUGUGGAUGGAUGGAAUCAUUGAUCAAGAGGUAAGUAUUGAUUCCUGAUGGUUUAAUGGCUGAAUGUCGCCCUCAUGUGAUCACACUGUUUCAUUACAGCAGCUCCACAUCAAAGCUCACGUUUUAGUUUCCUUCUGUUCUGUUCAUAAAAUCCACAGAGGAGGUGUUUGGAGCUGUUGGUUUUAGUAUCAUGUGACAGGUGUGUCUGAUAUCAGGCUGUCGUUGUGCUGCUGUGAACAUGGAUUUUAUGGAUGAAAAAUCAUCUCAUGUUGACCUGAUGAAUAAAUAAUGUUGAUGAAUAAACUUUCCUUGUUUAACACGUG